UGGACAAACCCCAUUUUGUUAUGGAUAUAGCACAUUACUAUUUGGAUGGCAAUGCUGAUGCUGUGGAGUUUUGUCCACAUGAUUCGUACCACCAUGUUCUGGCUGCCUCCACAUACAAUCUCCAAGAAGGUGACCGUCCCAGUCGACAUGGAAGCAUUUCUCUCUUCAGUGUUGAUGGCAGUGACAUAGCUGGUGGUGAUGACCACCUUGACUUGGUUUGCAGUGUGGAGACCUCUGGCAUUUUCGACAUAAAGUGGAGCCCGCCCGGACAGCAUUCAAAUCCUUUUCUUUCUCAAGCUGAUGCUGAUGGAUACUUGAGAAUUCAUGUGCUGGAAAGUAGCUGUAACGGGGUUGAAGGGAUUAAUUUAAAGCAUAUGAUCAGUGAAAAAAUCAGCGACUCUAUGUGCUUGUACCUGGACUGGAACCCUUCAGGCACAUCCAUGACAGUGGGGCUUUCUGAUGGCUCUGUAUCCAUUGUUUCUUUCCUUGAAUCCAAGUUGGAAAUACAAGAAGAAUGGAAGGCACAUGACUUUGAACUCUGGACAACCGCAUUUGAUAUCCACCAACCAAAUUUGGUAUAUACUGGCUCUGAUGAUUGUAAAUUCAGUUGUUGGGAUUUAAGGGAUGGUCCUUCCAAUCUGGUAUUUCAGAAUUCCAAAGCUCACAAAAUGGGUGUUUGUUGCAUUCAAAAGCGUUCUCAUGAUCCAAAUAGCUUAGUAACCGGUAGCUACGACGAAACCUUGAGGGUAUGGGACUUGAGAACAAUCUCAAAACCUGUUAAUGAGACUUCAAUUGGCUUAGGGGGAGGAGUUUGGAGGGUGAAGCACCAUCCCUACAUUCCAAACUUGGUCUUGGCUGCAUGUAUGCACAAUGGUUUUGCAAUUGUGUCCAUCAAGGGCAACGAAGCGCAAGUGUUGGAAACUUACAAGAAGCAUGAUUCCCUUGCAUAUGGAGCAGAUUGGCAGAAAGGUGAAGCAAAUCAGAGAGUUGAGAGAACCAAACCAAUUGUGGCUACUUGCUCAUUCUAUGACAAACUUGUUCGAGUAUGGAAGCCAGAAAAUGAGAUUAACUUGUAAGCUUUAUGCUUAAUGUUUGUAGCAAUCUGGAAAAAAAUGUAAUGCUUAACUAUUUAUUUGUUGAAUCAUAUGAUUGCAGGAAGGUUGGAAGCAUGAGUGACACAAAGCAUUUCCACUUUUUUAUUAUUAUUUCAAAUCCCUUAUUUAUUGAUUCCUUAACCUAAUCAAUGAAGAAAAAGAUAAUGAUCAUCA